AUUCACCGGGGUUCUGUCAUCCAGACUUUAUUGUGAAAGAGCAGAGCGGAAGUGAUGAUUAGGGAUAAUUUCACACUUGUGCUCUUCUGUCUAAAAUCGAUAUGUGAUUGGCUUUCCUCGGGGGUCUCGCGGCUUUGUCACCGUGGCCGUGGAAGGGAAUCUCUAUGGCUUUGAAAAGGAAACGAGCCUCAUCCCCCUCCAGCAGCGUGAGUGGAGGAGAUUUCGAGGAUAGCCAGACUUCCAUGGCGUCCGCUCCCGGGAGAAAGAGGAGACGGACUUCAAACAUUCCUACUGUGGAUCCGAUUGCUGUCUGCCAUGAACUGUACAACACAGUCAGAGACUAUAAAGACGAUCAGGGCAGGAUGUUGUGUGAGCUCUUCAUCAGAGCUCCGAAGAGGAGGAACCAACCGGAUUACUACCACGUUGUGUCUCAGCCCAUCGACAUGAUGAAGAUCCAGCAGAAGUUGAAGAUGGAGGAGUAUGAUGAUGUCGAUCAGCUAACCAGCGACUUUCAGCUCCUGUUCAACAACACAAAGAUGUAUUAUAAGACGGACAGUCCCGAAUACAGAGCCGCCUGCAAGCUGUGGGACCUCUACCUGCGAACCAAAAACGAGUUUGUUCAGCGAGGAGAAUACGAGGAGGACGAUGAAGGAUACGAGGCUCCGGAGAACCCCGGAGGCUCGACUGAAGAUGAGACGACUCAGUCCUGCUUAAAAGACGUCCUGGAGCAGCUCCUUGAUGCUGUUGUGUCUUAUACCGAGCCAACCGGACGCCUGGUCAGCGAGCUGUUCCAGAAGCUCCCCUCCAAAAUGCAAUAUCCGGAUUAUUACGCCGUCAUUAAGGAACCGAUAGAUCUGAAAACCAUCGCUCAGAAGAUCCAGCUGGGUCACUACAGGAGCUGUGCCGCCAUGGCCAAAGACAUCGAUCUGUUAGUGAAGAACGCCAAGACUUACAACGAGCCGGGCUCACAGGUUUUUAAGGACGCUAACACGAUUAAAAAGAUCUUCGCACAGAAGAAGUCUGAGCUGGAGCCGGUCAAAUCCAGCAUCCGCAUCAGGAAUAGAAAGUCAACUCAAGGGGAUCGGCUCUCCGCUAUCACCAUGGCUCUGCAGUACGAGAGUGACGAGGAGGGAAUACUGUCGGGCUCUGUCCACUAUGACGAAGGGGAAUCUGAAGCAGAGAGCAUGACGUCAAACAUGGACAUGAGCAACCCCAUCUUCCAGCUCUAUGAAGCCGUGCGAGGAGCCAGGAACAGCCAGGGCCAGCUGAUCUCAGAGCCUUUCCUGCAGCUGCCCUCCAGGAAAGACUACCCGGACUACUACCAGCAGAUCAGUCAGCCCAUCUGCCUGCAACACAUCAAGACCAAGAUGAAGAACAACGAGUACGAGAGCGUGGAGCACGUCGACUCGGAUCUGACGCUGAUGUUUGAGAACGCCAAGCGCUAUAACGUCCCUCACUCCUCCAUCUACAAACGCGUGCUCAAACUCCAGCACAUUCAGCAGCUGAAGAGGAAAGACCUUUUACAGAGGGAGGAUGAUGAUGGUGACAGCAUGCUCUCCUCAGCCACGUCAGACACCAGCACUACCAAACGAAAAAGUCAUAAGAAGAACACAAAGAAAAACCGCAUGAAGGCUCUCAUCGCCGCGGUUACCGAGGCGCGAGAAGCCGGCGUUGGCCGUCGACUGUGUGAACUCUUCAUGGUGAAGCCCUCAAAGAAGGACUACCCCGAUUACUAUAAGAUCAUCCUGGAACCCAUGGACCUGAGGACCAUUGAGCACAACAUCCGCUCGGACAAGUAUCUGACCGAGGACUCCAUGGUGGAGGACAUGAAGCUGAUGUUCCGCAACGCACGCCACUACAACGAGGAAGGUUCACAGGUCUACAAUGAUGCAGACAUCCUGGAGAAGAUCAUGGAGGACAGGCGCAGAGAUCUAGGACCAGCAACCGACGAAGAUGACGUGAUGUCUCCCAAGUUAAAAAUCAGAAAGAACAGCAUCAAUCUGAAGAAAUCAAAGUACUUGACUCCCUUACAGCAGAAACUCAACGAGCUUUACGAAGCUGUCAAGAACUUCACGGACAAACGGGGACGCCGACUCAGCACCAUCUUCCUGAGACUUCCCUCUCGCGCCGAGCUCCCCGAUUACUAUCUCGCCAUUAAGAAACCGGUGGACAUGGAGAAGAUCAAGAGCCACAUGCUGGCCAACAAGUACCAGGAUGUGGACGCUCUGGUUGAGGACUUUGUGCUGAUGUUCAACAACGCCUGCACCUACAACGAGCCCGAGUCUCUGAUUUACCGCGACGCUCUGCUGCUGCACAGAGUGUUGCUGGAGACCCGGCGGGACCUGGAAGGAGGAGAGGACACCCACGUGCCCGACGUGCCCCGCCUCAUCCAGGAACUGGUUCGCAGCCUCUUUGUUUCUGUUCUCGGUCACCAAGACGACGAGGGACGAUGCUACAGCGAUUCGCUGGCGGAGAUUCCUGCUGCUGACCCGGCAAACUCUGACAAGCCUCUUCUCAACUUUGAGAUCAUCAGAAGAAACGUGGAUCGGAGCCGCUACAAGAGGCUGGACGUUUUUCAGGACCACAUGUUUGAAGUUCUGGAAAAAGCCAGACGGCUAAGCAGGACAGAUUCUGAGAUCUUUGAAGAUGCAGUGGAGCUGCAGCAGUUCUUCAUCAAGAUCAGAGAUGAACUGUGCAAGAAUGGAGAGAUCCUGAUGUCCCCGGCCCUCAGCUAUACCUGUAAACAUUUGCACAGUGAUGUAGAAAAGGAGAAGAAAGAAAAACUUCCUAAAGAGUACGAAGAAGACCGAAUCAAGAGAGAAGAAGAGAAAAAAGAAGCAGAAAAGAGGGAGGAGCCAGUCGGAGCAUCGUGGCACGCUCAGCGUACGUACCGCCAGGACUGCACCUUCAAGGAUAGCCUGUACCAUGUGGGGGACUGCGUAUAUGUGGAGCCGGCAGAGUCGAACCUACAACCUCACAUAAUAUGUAUUGAGCGUCUCUGGGAGGAUGAGAACGGGGAGAAGUGGUUGUAUGGAUGCUGGUUCUACCGACCAAAUGAAACGUUUCAUUUGGCCACAAGAAAGUUCUUGGAGAAGGAAGUUUUCAAGAGUGACUUCUACAACAAAGCUCCCGUCAGCAAGAUUCUGGGAAAGUGUGUAGUUAUGUUCGUGAAGGAGUACUUCAAGCUGUACCCAGAGGGUUUCCAGGAAGAGGACGUGUACGUCUGUGAAUCCCGCUACUCUGCCAAGUCCAAGUCCUUCAAGAAGAUCAAGAUGUGGACCAUGCCUCUCAGCUCGGUUCGGUUCACUCCUCGAGACGUGCCCCUCCCUGUGGUCCGAGUAGCUUCCAUAUUUGCCACAAAGCCGGAUGAGAAGCCAGCGGAGACGGAAGAUGAGAGCAAAGUGACAGACGGGGUCGUGGAGAAGGAGAGGGAGGACGUUCCUUUGGAUUUCACCAACGGGGAGCCGGGCUGUCAGUACUACGAGCAGCUCUGCUACAACAAUCUGUGGCUGAAAGUGGGAGACUGUGUUUACAUCGGCUCUCACGGGCUGGUGCGCCACCGCGUGGGCAGAAUUGAGAAGAUGUGGAUCCGAGAUGGAGCAGGUUACUUCUUCGGUCCAAUUUUUAUCCAUCCUGAAGAGACGGAGCACGAACCCACCAAGAUGUUCUACAAGAAGGAAGUCUUCCUCAGCAACCUGGAGGAGACUUGUCCUAUGACCUGCAUUAUAGGGAAAUGUGUCGUUUCCUCCUUCAAAGAGUUCUUGUCGUGUCGGCCCACCGAAGUGCCUGAAGAGAAUGUUCUUCUUUGUGAGAGUCGCUACAUUGAGAGUGAGAAGCAGAUGAAGAAGUUCAAGGGUCUGAAGCGCUUCUCGCUCUCUGGGAAGGUGGUGGAGGACGAAAUCUAUUAUUUUAGGAAGCUCAUCGUUCCUCAGAAGGAACCAUCACCGCUGCUCAACAGGAAGAUUGAGGAGCUGGAGGCCAAAUUCGCUGACAUGACCGAUGAAGAACUUGAAGAACUCGGGGAUGAUGACGGCGAUCUGGGCGACCACGCUCACAUGCCGUCCUCACUGUCUGGUGACAUGGAGCUGCUGUCCUACACUCCUCCACAGUCCAGCCCUAAAUCCAUAAAGGGGCUGUCAAAAAAGGAGGGAUCGAAGAGGAAGAUCAACAUGAGCGGAUACAUCCUGUUCAGCAGCGAGAUGCGGGCGGUCAUCAAAGCUCAGCACCCAGACUUCUCCUUCGGGGAGUUGAGCCGGCUGGUUGGGACAGAGUGGAGGAACCUGGAGAGCUCCAGGAAAGCAGAAUAUGAGGAACGUGCAGCUAAAGUAGCAGAGCAGCAGGAGCGUGACAGGACCCACCAUCAGACGUUCCUUAAAUCAGGUACCCCAGUAGGGGCGCUGAUGGGGGUGGUGCCUCCCCCAACCCAAAUGGGAUUGCUUAAUCCUGGCAUGGCUCCGGUGUCAGGUGUGGGUGCAUAUAUGAUGCCGCUGCAGGCCCGUGUCGAGAGCCUGGUUAGUAUGACCGGCAUGCCUCUGCAUCACAUGAGGAUGCCUCUUCAUGCCCAGCAUCUCCUGCCCAGUAUUCCCGGGUUCCGUGGAAUGCCACGCUUUGGUGUCAGUGGUAUAGGAAGUGGACUUGCAGGUGGAAACGUCCAUGGACCUCAGAUGGCUUUGAUGGGCUCGGGGCAGCAGGCUCCGCCCCCGUACCCAGGACAAGGUGGACAGGCUGCCCUUCAGCAGCCCUCCACACCUGUGUUCGUCUCCCCACCGGCUAAAACUCAGCGGCUGCUUCACUCGGAGGCUUAUCUCAGAUACAUAGAAGGCCUGUCUGCAGAAUCGACCUCUGUCAGCAAGUGGGACCAAGCUCUGAAAGUUCAGAAACAAGACGUGCGCCUUACAAAAGAGCAAGAAAGCAGACUCCCGUCCCACUGGCUGAAGAGUAAGGGCGCUCACAAGACCAUGGCGGAUGCACUUUGGCGGCUUCGUGACCUGAUGCUGCGAGACACCUUAAACAUACGUCAGACGUAUAACCUGUAGCUUGCACAUAUUCUGAGCCUCUAACCUGUGGGACAGGAAAAGGGUUAAGCUAAAAAAAGAUUUUGUGUUGUUAAAAAAAACAGAUAUAUUUGAAUUCAUAAAAUGUGCUUUCUGUAUUUGUUUUUGUAUUUUUGUUUAACAUUUCAGAUGUACUGUUCAAAGUGCAUAAUUGUUACUGACAUGGUGAUGUUCUUCAUGGAUUCACUAUUAAAAUGUGAAAGUCUUG